GGAAUAUCUGUUGCAGUUCGAGACGCGAAUGCUUCGCUCUGCUGAUGAAUGGGGCCAGAUCGUAGAGACCGAGCCCCCCAUCACCCCGUGCAUGGACGACAACCUGCGUAGGCAUCAGGACUCUUACGUCACUUUCGUGGGCGACCUCGUGUCCGCAGGCAUGGUGUCGUUCUCUUUCAAUCCGAAGGACAUUGUGACACCUUUAUUCGUUGCCAAGGAGAACGGUCAGCAGCGCCUCGUCUGGGAUGCCCGUGUUCCGAACAGGCGUUUCCGCCAGGCGCCCUCUCAGAGCAUGGGGGCGUCGGCGGCCUACGGGGGGAUCGAGCUCGGGUGCGCUGCCGACGACAGCGGCAAGUUCAGGGAUACCCUGUACUGCGCCCAGGCCGACAUACGCAACUACUUCUACUUGCUGGGUCUCAGUGAGCAGCUCGGCCCGUUCUUCUCUUUGCCACCUGUGCCCGAGGCCAUGCUGUCGCAGUGGGGUCGCAGCGCAGUGGAUGCCCCUCGGGUGGGCCGCGGGGCUUGGGUGUGGCCCUUCUUCUCGGUGGUCCCGAUGGGGUGGAACUGGGCUUUCUGGCUUGGGCAGCGCUGCGACGUCUUUCGCUGCUUGCAGGCGUCCUCGCUGGGUCCUGAGCGUUUGCUCGCGGUGGUCAGGGCCUCACCGGCUUGCACUAGCCUGGGCCGCCUCACCGACGGGGUGCAGGGCAUGGUCUUUUCGAAGCCCGAGCGCUCCGAGAGGCUCAGGCGAACCUGCCUCUGGCUUGAGAGUAGGCCGAGGGUCGCAGGACAAGAGAUUGAACUGUUUGUCGGUAGCGUCAUUGAUCGCGUCAUGCUUCGCCGUGAGUUGCUUUGUAUCCUCAGGAACCUCUACGAUUUCAUCAGAUGCCAUUACACUGACAGAGUACGCCUGUGGCCCUCGGCGGCGCUCGAAGCUUUCCAGUGCCAUUCCCUGCUGCGCGCGAUGUUCAGCAAUUUGAGAAUGCCGUGGAGCUCCACAUUCGUCGCUACUGACGCCUGCCUCUCGGGGAUGGCCGCGGCCAUCGCUGUCUUGGAGGCGCGGGCCAGCAACGCGGGGUCCAGGCACAUACUUCGGUCCGUCAGGGCCGUCAACAAGCGGCACCUGGAACUAGGCGACAACCUGGGAACCAUCCUGGCCCUCUCCAGAGGCAGAUGCUCUUCUUUCGGGCUUCUCCUGUGCUGCCGCCGAGAGGCCGCCUAUUCCAUCGCUGCCAAUGUUCGGUUCGAGCACCGCUGGAUUCCAUCCGAGUACAACCGGUCCGACCAAGGCUCGCGCAGCUGGGAGACCCAGGAUGGAGACGAGCGGGCAGCCAGGAGGAUGACAGCCUCAGGCGCUUGCCACCGCACCACGGAGGGCAAGCAGUCCUUCCUGGAGGUGAACGCGCUCAAGCGCUUCGUCGUGGCCCACGGCUUCUCGCUGGGUACCCCAGCCGAGGCCGACCUGGCGCUGACGAACUUCGCCAACUACGCCUGGACAGAGGGCCUGGACAGGGGGGUCGUGCACCGGACUUACGCAGCCUUCCUCUCAGAGCACCCCGACUUUUCCCGACGGGGCGCGCUGCGCCUCCCGAGGUUGUCGCGAGCGAUGCAAGGCUGGGAGAGGCUCGACCCAGGACUCACGAGGCCGCUGAUCCCGUGGAUCCUGACCUGCCUAAUCGCCCAAAUCAUGAUCGUCGACCUCAUGGCGCCCGUGGCAGCGCUGAUGGUUCUGACGAUGUUCCUGGCCUACCUCCGCCCGUCCGAGGCGGAGAACCUGCUGGGGGAGGAUCUGGUGCCCCCGUCGGCGUCGUCCAGUUUCUUCGUGCUGAACCUCCACCCCAGCGACCGCGGCGAGGUGAGCAAGGUCAGGCUCUCCGACGAGUCGAUCAUGCUCGACUCCGUCGAGGCGGAGUGGCUCGGGGAUCUGCUGCGCGCGAUCAAGAGCGGCCUGCCUCGACGCCCGCUGUUCAGGCUCACCGUGCUUCAGCUGCGCGAUUUCUGGAUCAAGGCGCUCAAAAUCUUCGGCGUCCCCAACAAGUACGUGCUGUACCAGCUGCGCCACGGCGGCCCCUCCCACGACCGUCUCCAAUGUCAGCGGUCUCUACCAGAGAUCAAGGAGCGCGGGAGGUGGGCUUCCGACAAGAGCGCCAGGCGCAACGAGGCGCACGCGCUCAUCCAGCAGCAGGAGGCCACCCUGCCAGCGGCCAUCGUCAAGAGAGCCAGGGGCGCCCCAGGCCAGCUCGAGCGGCUCCUGCGCGAGAGCAUGGGCUGCCAGCGCAAGCGCGGAGCCAGCGGCCAGGGCCUGCACAGGCCCAAGGCCCGCCGCGGCGCUUCGGGCCGCCACCCGGGUGUUGUGGGCAAGCGCGGGCUGGCAGCCGAAGGCUGGGACUACGUCGACGGGGCUCAAGCCGACCUCGCAGACCCACAA